GGGAGUGACGUCACGGGGAUGCAGGGAUCAGAUAAAUGUGCUUAUGGAGCAACUGUUGAACUAGAAGAGCACCAGAGGGGAUCUGCAGAAGAGCUCCCAGAGCCUACGUGUGGCUUGCACUAAAAUUUGGUGAAAAUGGCUUACAAUGUAUCUCUUGCCGGACCUGGACCAUGGGGAUUUCGCCUGCAAGGAGGAAAGGAUUUUAACAUGCCUUUGACCAUCUCAAGGGUCACUCCGGGCAGUAAAGCAGCACAAUCCAAUGUGAACCAAGGAGACUUAGUGGUAGCCAUCGAUGGAGUAAGCACAGACGGAAUGACACAUUUGGAAGCUCAGAAUAAAAUUAAGUCUGCCAGCUACAACCUCGGUCUCACCCUACAAAAAUCCAAGCGUCCAGGACCAGUCCCAACAGCCACACCUCGAAUGGACUCUCCCAUGCCUGUGAUUCCCCAUCAGAAGGUCAUAGCCAACACUGUUGCCAACUCUGAGUAUGUUGAACGUUUCAAUGCAAAUGUCCUGAAAGACUCUGCACUGUCCACCCACAAGCCCAUCGAGGUGAAAGGUCCUGGGGGAAAAGCCACAAUAAUUCACGCCCAAUAUAACACCCCAAUCAGCAUGUACUCUCAAGAUGCAAUCAUGGAUGCUAUUGCUGGCCAGGCACAGGCCAGAGGCAGCGAUCUCUCUAGUGCCCCAGAAUCUUCAUUGGCUAACCUCCCUGUUAAAGAUCCCCUUGUAGACAUUGCUUCUCCAGUGUAUCAGGCUGUGCUUAAAACUCAGGGCAAAAGCGAGAGUGAGAUUGAUGACUGGGCACGCCGUGCUGCCAAUCUGCAGUCGAAGUCCUUCCGUGUCCUUGCACAGCUAACUGGCACCGAAUACAUGCAAGACCCUGACGAAGACGCGUUGAGAAGAUCAAGGGAAAAGUUUGAAACGGAACGUAACAGCCCACGCUUUGCCAAAUUGCGCACCUGGCAUCACGGCCUUUCGGCACAAAUCCUUAAUGUUAAAAGCUAAAUGCCCACGUGUCACACGAUAUCUAUUGAAAGGCAAUGAAGCAUACUAAAUUGUACUGAAUCAUUAUGCAUUAAACGAUUUGCCAUAUACAUAAACCUAUAAAUAUAUAAAUAGAAAACGUAGGGGGAUGUGUUAUUGCAGUGCCUUUUCCUGUUUCUAGCCUCUUAACCCACCACUGUCACUCCAAAAAAAAGCUAAAUUAAUAAUGCUUGUAAAGAUAUAAUUACUCUUUGCUAUAUGUUGUAUCUAGGAUUUCGGGAAAAAAACAAAAAACAAAGAUAAAGGCUGUUAGAAAUGAAAAAAAAAAGAAUCUCUUGUAAUUUGAUUUCUUUUAAAUAAAUAAAGAUAAAACUAACAUUUGUCAGGUUUGCGUUAUCAUUGUAUGUGCUACUGGGCUGGAAAUUAGAAUGUAGAGGUCGUUUAUGUAGGCUUACGUAGGGGUGCAUAUCUGCUAUGCAGGUCCAUGAUGGAAUCUGGUUUGGUUGCACAUUCGUGUUUUGGGUUUUGCAUCGUUAUGUUCUUACGGUGUGAUGCAUGACUAAAAAAAUAGAUUUAUUUUUGCCUUGUAGUCUUAUCUAUGGCGUUUUGUGAUCACACAAUAAUUGUGGGUUAAAUGAAAAAAGGUUAUCAGGAAUACAGCUGGCCAGCUUCUCAUUUACUCUGAAAACCCAAUGAUAGCACCUGUUCUUCAAGAGGUCACGUAACUUUCUGGGUGCCAGAAAGGUAACCAAUGUACUCUUGUGGAACUUAAAUGAUAUAUUUUUGUAGGCAGUGUUUCAUCUGAGUUUACUAUCACCAUUUAUGGGAUAAAAUCAACCAUUUGGUUUGCAGGUAUCUGUACAUUUUAAGUCCUUCCAGUGGUUGUUGAGAUUCAUAAUUUUGAAGGACUCGUUUGUUUGAGUGUUUGACUAUUAUUAGUUGGUUUUGGCUUUUGGAACGUUUUAGCAUUUAUAUUUGCGUGUUGUGAUAUUCUGGUAGAAAGUUAGACUUUGAAUAUGCUUCACAACAACUACACUUCAGCUUAAAAUAUUUCCCGGACGUUAAUAUAUAUAACAUUAGAUUUGGACAAAUUACAACACAGUGGAAUGCAUUUUCUAAAAAGCUACCUGGCUUGUGUAGUAUGGUGAAUAUGCUACGUUGUGUUGUAUUUUGUAUGUUAGUCAAAGGAUUGUUAUUUUUAACGCUAAGACUUUUCUGAAUCCUAACACAUCACUAUUGUUUUGAAGAAUUAAGAAUGAGCCUCAGUAGAUUAUUUUUUUUUAAUGUUGUAAAUGUUUGUAGUGACAAAUAUCGGGGUCAUUUAUUUCUUUGCAAUUUAAUAUAUUAGGACUAUCAGGGUCAUUUUAAAAAGCUGUUUAUAUGUCCUACUAAAUAGCUAGGAUGUUGUCCAUGUAAUGUAAGAUACUGAUUUUAAAACCAGCUUUUACUAUUUUUGUUGCCUCUAAGCAUUAAUUUAACAUUUACAUUGUUUAUUGCUACUGCUAAUACAUCGAUGUAUCUAUGGUGGCACUUUUUUUGUGUUUGUGAAAAUAAAAAAAGAUUAAAUAAAA